UUCAAAAGAAGAAGAAGCGGGGCAACACUGAAGAACUUUACAGCCGAAUAAAGGACAAGAAUGUUUUCUGUGGAGAGGUUUCGAGGUUUCGUCAACCAGCGGCUAACGGCUGCAGCUGAGGAAAUAUUGGACGUUUUUUCAACAGCUGUCGUCGAGUACGAGGCAGAGAUCAACCGUCAGCGCAGAAUGCUGGACAUCGUUUGGAAACCUCACAUCCACUUACACAGAAUAGACGUCCCACAGCAACAUCUGUGUAAGGAGGAGGAGGUUGAGCAGCAGCUCUGUAACCAGGGGAGAAAGUCCAGUCUGGACCAAGAGGAGCCAGAGCCUCCACAGGUUGAAGAGGAGCAGGAGGGAGAGCAGCUCAAACAGGAGGAGACUGACACGUUGAUGCUGACUCCUACUCAGGAGGAAAGUGAGCACAGAGAAGCAGAUGGACAACAUAAACUCCAGCUCCUUUCUCACAACUCUCAUGUUGCUGAGAAUCAAGAUCUCAAAGAGAACAAGCAGAAAGACUCAGAGAUAGCUGGAAAAUCAAAACCAAGACAAGAGAGAGACAGAAAACCCAUAGGUGAGAGGCUGUGUUCAUGUGAAGUAUGUGGAAAAGGGUUUAAAUAUAACUGUAUAUUGAAACAACACAUGAGAACACACACAGGAGAGAAGCCUUUCUCCUGCAGGACCUGUGGAAAAACAUUCUGUAUGAAAUCAAAUUUGAAUACACACAUUCGUACUCACACAGGUGCAAAGCCGUACACCUGUGAUACCUGUGGGACAUCAUUCGCAAAGAAACAUCAUUUGGAAAGGCACGUCAAAAUCCAUACAGAUGAAAAACCACAUGCCUGCACAAUGUGCAACAAAUCUUUCAGACAUAAAGUUCAAUUGACACUCCACACGAGAAGACACACAGGUGAGAAACCUUUCUCCUGCACUAUCUGUGGAAAAAGAUUCUGUGUGAAAGCAAAUUUGAAACAUCACAUUUAUACUCACACAGAUACAAAGCCGCACACCUGUGAUACCUGUGGGACAUCAUUCACACUGAAAUGUAGUUUAAAAAAACACUUAACUACCCAUACAGAUGAAAAACCACAUACCUGCACAAUUUGCAACAAAUCUUUCACACAUAAAGCUUAUUUGGCAGUCCACAUGAGAACACACACAGAUACAACGCCUUACACCUGUGAUACCUGUGGGGCAUCAUUAACUAAUAGAUAUAAUUUGAACCAGCACCUAAAAAUCCAUACAGGUGAAAAACCACAUACCUGCACAAUUUGCAACAAAUCUUUUAGGGUUAAAUAUGAUUUGACAGUUCACAUGAGAAGACACACAGAUGAGAAGCCAUACUCUUGCAGCACCUGUGGAAAAGGAUUCUGUCAUAAAUCAGAUUUGAAUAAGCACAUUCGUACUCACACAGGUACAAAGCCUUACUCCUGUGGUACCUGUGGGACAUCAUUUGCCUGGAAAUGUACUUUGGACAAGCACCUAAGGGUCCAUGCUGGACAUCAACCCAUUCUGCCAUGACUCCAGUCAGGAUCAGUGACAGGAGGAUUGUGAAAUCUAGACAGACUGUGAGCAAUCAUGGUAUUCAUGUGAAAAAUCAAAUUCAGAUUAGAGCUGCAGCAAAUCAGACUCCACCACCCCCACCUGCUGCUUGGAAUUGGCCCUCCUUAAUGUUAAAUCUUUGAUUAAUAAAACAUUUCUGGUUAAUGACAUCAUUUAUGAAAAUAAACUGGACUGCAUCCUUCUAACAGAAACAUGGCUUGAUUCAACAGGUAACAAAGAGCUGAUUGAAACAGCACCUACUGACUUUACAUUUUUACAUUGUACAAGAAAGGUGGAGGUAAUACAUUUCUCUACUGUAGUAACUUAGACCAGGGGUUCUCAACCUUUCCAGCCCCUGACCCCUGAAAUAAAGGUGCUAGAGACUGGGGACCCCCACUGUAGCUGAAGGUGGUUGAACACACCCAUGCACAUUGAAGAAUAGUCAUGUGCAAUCAAGGCUGCCAAUA